CCGCGCCGAGAGGACCCGAGUGAGGCCGAGACCAGCGGCCCAGUGGCCCGGAGCCGAGGUGGCUGGACGCGCCCCACCCUGCAGCCAGGCGGAGCCAAAGAUGCUGGCCUCUGCCUCGCGGCCCCGCCCGGGCCCAGGGCCACCUCGGGUCUUACCCUUGCCACUGUUCCUGCUGGCGGUGUUGAGCGGCACCGUGUCCGGCCGCGUCUCACGCUCUGUGCCCAGGACCUCGCUUCCCAUCUCUGAGGCUGACUCCUAUCUCACCCGGUUUGCUGUUCCUCAUAUAUACAAUUACUCUGUUCUGCUUGUGGAUCCUGCUUCCCACACACUUUAUGUUGGCGCCCGGGAUACCAUCUUCGCUUUAUCCCUGCCUUUCUUAGGGAAAAGAUCUCGAAGGAUUGACUGGAUGGUGCCUGAGGCUCACAGACAUAACUGUAGGAAGAAAGGCAAGAAAGAGGACGAAUGUCACAAUUUUAUCCAGAUUCUCGCCAUUGUCAAUGCCUCUCAUCUCCUCACUUGUGGCACCUUCGCUUUUGAUCCGAAGUGCGGGGUUAUUGAUGUGUCCAGUUUCCAGCAGGUUGAAAGACUUGAGAGUGGCCGGGGGAAAUGUCCUUUUGAGCCAGCUCAGCGGUCAGCAGCUGUAAUGGCUGGGGGCGUCCUCUAUGCUGCCACUGUGAAAAACUACCUGGGGACAGAGCCGAUUAUCUCUCGGGCUGUGGGUCGUGCUGAGGACUGGAUUCGCACAGAGACCUUGCCAUCCUGGCUUAACGCCCCCGCCUUUGUCGCAGCGGUGGCCUUGAGCCCAGCCGAAUGGGGGGAUGAAGAUGGAGACGACGAAAUCUACUUCUUCUUUACUGAGACUACCCGAGCAUUUGACUCAUACGAGCGCAUUAAGGUCCCACGGGUGGCCCGUGUGUGUGCGGGAGACCUUGGGGGCCGGAAGACCCUCCAGCAGAGGUGGACGACAUUUCUGAAAGCUGACCUACUGUGUCCUGGGCCAGAGCAUGGCCGGGCCUCCAGUGUCCUGCAGGACAUGGCUGUGCUUCGACCUGAGCCUGGAGCAGGGACCCCUAUCUUUUAUGGCAUCUUUUCCUUCCAGUGGGAAGGGGCUGCAAUCUCUGCUGUCUGUGCCUUUCGACCACAAGACAUUCGGACAGUGCUGGAUGGCCCCUUCAGAGAGCUAAAGCAUGACUGCAGUAGGGGACAGCCUGUCAUGGACAAUGAUGUGCCCCAGCCCAGACCUGGAGAGUGCAUCACCAACAACAUGAAAUUCCAGCAGUUUGACUCAUCACUCUCCCUUCCUGACCGCGUGCUCACCUUCAUCCGAGACCACCCACUCAUGGAUAGGCCAGUGUCUCCAGCUGACGUCCACCCUCUGCUGGUUGCUACGGAUACAGCCUAUCUUAGAGUCGUGGCCCACAGGGUGGCCAGCCUCUCAGGGAAAGAGUAUGAUGUGCUCUACCUGGGGACAGAGGAUGGACACCUCCACCGAGCAGUGCGUAUUGGAGCCCAGCUCAGUGUCCUUGAAGAUCUGGCCUUAUUCCCAGAGCCUCAGCCCAUUGAGAACAUGAAAUUGUACCAUGGUUGGCUCCUGAUUGGCUCCAGUACUGAGGUAAUACAAGUGAACACAACCAAUUGUGACCGUCUCCAGAGCUGCUCAGAGUGCAUCCUGGCCCAGGACCCUGUCUGUGCCUGGAGUUUCCGGCUAGAUGCGUGUGUGGUCCAUGCUGGGGAGCACCGAGGGUUGGUCCAAGACAUGGAGUCGGCGGAUGUUUCUUCUUUGUGUCCCAAAGAGCCUGGAGAACACCCCGUAGUGUUUGAAGUUCCGGUGGCUACAGCUGCACAUGUGGUCUUGCCAUGUUCCCCCAGCUCGGCAUGGGCAUCCUGUGUGUGGCACCAGCCCAGUGGAGUGACUGCACUCACCCCCCGGCGGGAUGGGCUAGAGGUGGUGGUGACCCCAGGGGCUAUGGGUGCUUAUGCCUGUGAAUGUCAGGAGGGUGGGGCAGCCCGUGUGGUUGCAGCUUACAGUUUGGUAUGGGGCAGCCAACAAGCCCCUGCAAGCCGGGCCCGCACAGUGGGGGCUGGACUGGUUGGCUUCUUCCUGGGGGUUCUUGCAGCAUCCCUGACUCUCCUCCUGAUUGGUCGGCAUCAGCAACGACAGCGACAGAGGGAACUUCUGGCUAGAGACAAGGUGGGCUUGGACCUGGGGGCCCCACCAUCUGGGACCACAAGCUACAGCCAAGACCCUCCCUCUCCUUCUCCUGAAGAUGAACGGCUGCCUCUGGCCCUGGCCAAGAGGGGCAGUGGCUUUGGUGGCUUCCCUCCACCCUUCCUGCUUGAUCCUUGCCCGAGCCCAGCCCACGUUCGGCUAACUGGGGCUCCUCUAGCCACAUGUGAUGAAACAUCCAUCUAGAGCCAGGCAGGUGACCACUAGUGCAUGAAUGACCACUGAAACAAAGUGAUCACUGAGACCAGGGUCACGGGGCCUGGAAGACCAUCCUGGCCUCCCAGUGUUCUUUGAAUCUGAGUGAUCACCUAGAUUUCAGUGUCUGCCCUCUCCAGGCCUUGAUGGACUUGGGGAAGGGUUUUUGCCUCGAUUGUGAUUCCCAUGAAAAAUCAGAACUGCUCUCUGCAGGGAAUCCAGCUUCCCCUCCCCACCUCUGAGCCUUUGUAACCCUUCAACCCUGACCUCCUAUCUUGAGCCCAUUAGGUUUGGGGAGGGGCUCAGAGCAGUGACUGCUCUGGGUGGGCCUGGCCAGAAGGAAGAGCCAUGGAGGUGGGUAGGGCUAAUGUGCACUGACUCCUCAGGGUGGUUCUGCUGAUUCUCCAGUUUAGUGAUUUUCUGUGGGGAGUGCAUGAUCCCCAUGCAUCAACAUGAAACCUCUGCCCUGAGAUUCUUCCUGUCCCAUUUUCCCUUCCAUGAAAGAGUAGGUGUAAAUACAUUGGUAUUCAUAGGAGACAUGGCCACGUGUGUAUGAAUGACUGGGCCGAAGCUUAGGUGUUUUAGGGGUGGGGGUAGAGGAGGGAAGGUUGGAAUGGGUCAUUGCCUGCAGAACUUAUACCCUGUAGCCAGUCAGGAAAUGGCUUUCCUUUCCAAAAGGAAACUAAACACUGCCCUUCUCCCCACUUCCCUACAACCCUUCUGUAAAAUUGGGUAGAGAAAAGCUCCUGAAGUGACCUUCUAGGUGGGAAGGGCAGCGGUACAUGUGACCCCAUCCUUCUCUUUGUUUUUGCCUUCUGGCUGCCACCACUGCCAUGCCACAGCUGCUCUUUCCCUGGCUGCAGUGUAGGCUGAAGCCCCUUUCCUUUACUCCCAGUAAAAAUGAACUUAACAACAUUCUAAAUAUUAGGGGAUGACAAAAGGGGGAACAGUCACAGGACAUGUAAGCAGCUUAAAGAUAGGUGUGCAUCAGUGACUUUACUCAGGGUGAUACCAUUGCCGCAAAGCAGGAGUAACCCACCUGGGGCCUGUGGACUCCCUAAAAUUGUAUGCAAAAUAUUGUCUGUACUGUGUGUCUGUUUUUUUCUGGGGGAAGUUUUAUGGAUUUCAUCAGAUUCUCAAGGCCUUAAUAAAGUUAAAGGACCACUGCCUGUGGUGACCACUCUUGGGCCAAGCCAAGGGGGUGCCACUCUGUGGCAGCUCCUCCUGGCCUUGCCCUGCUGCCUGUGGCCAGUCCCUGGACUUACUGCUCCUGGAAGCCUGUUUAUUCUGUCCAUGGAAGCUGGGUUCUGUGCACAUUUGAAGAGACUGUCAACUCUGACCAAAUACCCAGACCUCUUCCUGCUUCACAACUCCUGCGUGCUCUAGGCUUCUCCUGCUCAGUCCCGGUCUUGGCCUGUGUAUGUGCCUCAUUCAUCCCUGGUGAGGGAUCCCCUGAAACUCCAGUGAAUGAUCCUGCCCUUACCAGUUUUCUGCUCUGUUUUCCUUGGCAGCAGCCUGUGAACUACUAGAGUCCCCUUGGGUUUGGAGUUAUCAGUGGUAUUGCCACUAAUAAUAUGAUCUUUGAUAUGUAAUCUAACCUAGGGACCUUGGUUUAUUCACCUGUAAAGUGGGGAUAAUAAUACCUACCUCAAGGUUGCUGCAAGGAUGAAAUGAGAAAAUAUAUAAAAAAUAAAGCACUGUCUGUACCAGUA